AUGUUCCGAACAGUACCAACCGUGGCCUUGGCCUUGUUGAGCGCCGCCUCAACUGUGCUGGCUGCCGAUGCGCCGCAGUGCUCCCUCACCCAGAAAUGUCCGGAGGAGACCCCCUGCUGUUCGCAAUACGGCCAAUGUGGAGUCGGUGCCUACUGCCUGGGCGGUUGCGAUCCACGGAUGUCCUUCUCGCUCGACGCCUGCGUGCCAGCCCCUGUUUGCGAGAGCAGAGACCUGAAAAUGGACAGCACAGAUGGAAUUGUCGACGUCGGCAAAUACCUGGGUGACCCUAGCACGGCCAACUGGGUUGCCCAAGGCACUCCUUUAUCAUACCAAAGCAACGUUCUCCUAACAAUGCCGAAAAACACAGCAGGGACCGUUCUAGCGUCCACUGUCUACAUGUGGUACGGAAAUAUCAAGGCGAAGAUCAAGACGUCCCAAGGGGCAGGUGUCGUCACGGCCUUCAUCUUGCUGAGUGAUGUCAAGGACGAGAUUGACUUCGAAUGGGUGGGCACUGAGCUGGACGUCGCUCAGACCAACUACUACUUCCAAGGCAUUCCCGACUAUACACACUCAGCCAAUAUCACGGGCGUUUCGAACACGAACGAUGAUUUCCAUACGUACGAGAUCCAAUGGACACCGGAUCAGAUCCAGUGGAUUGUCGACGGUGUGGUCGGGCGGACGCAGAAAAAGUCGGAUACGUGGAACGAAACGUCGAAUCAAUGGGAUUACCCUCAAACCCCUGCGCGUGUUCAACUUUCAAUCUGGCCAGGCGGUGCCAGCACCAAUGCCCCCGGGACCGUCGCUUGGGCAGGCGGCCCGAUCGACUGGGACGCGGCAGGCAAGUACUACUACGCUACUGUGGGCGAAGUGACUAUGGACUGCUUCCAGACGAACAGCCCGCCAGGCACGAACUCGGGCAAGAGCUACACGUACACAAACGCAAUGGGUACCAACGACACGGUCGACGACGGCGAUUCAAACACGGUCCUGAAGUCGCUGCUGGGUACCGGCCUAGACAUGGACAAGGACUACCCAAGUAGUGCGAGCGCCAGCCAAAGCAACAUGGAAGUCAUCCCCGGCCUGAGUGGAGGUGGCGUCGGAACCAACGGUCAGGCGGCGAACCAAGCCAAUGGCGGAGGCGAGGCCUCGGGCAGUAACGGGGGAAGUACUGGAACCGGAACUGGCUCUUCUUCAUCGGCCUGUACUUCUGGCGGCUUCUCCCAGGACUGUGGCAGCUCCAGCAGCAACAAGAACCAGGGCGUACGACAAGAGCGCGUGCUCGGGGCCAGUGCCUUUGCUGCCCUGGUCGCCGUCGCUGGGAUGGUCUGGCUCUAG